AUUCACGACUAGAAGAAGCUUUUCUUUGUAACCAUGAACUUCCUGCAACUGUAUUUGGCUUUAUUGAUUUCAUUGACGUCGGCAGCAAUAUCAACGGCGAUAUACGCAAGACCCGGAUGCAAAGACACGUGUGCGGACCUCCGCAUUCCGUACCCGUUUGGAAUUGGGGCAGACUGUUAUCUCAACGAAUGGUAUGCUGUUGAUUGCAACUCGUCAAUACCGUACCUUCACGCGGUAAACGACCUGGAAGUGUUGUCUUUGAAUUUGGAGAAUCAAACGGUGACGGUUAAUGUUUCGAUGAUUUCUGAUUGUGAAAACUUAGUUAGGAAUAAUAGUCAGAUUUUGAGUGUUGACUUGGGUGGGAGUCCCUUUUUGUUUUCCCGAGAAGUGAACAAAUUCACGGUGGAGGGGUGUGGAAAUGCGUUUAUCUCGGAGCAGGAAUAUCUUCUCACCGGGUGUUCGACGAUAUGUCAAAACCAAACUAGUAACCCGAGAAAUAACUGUUAUGGCAUCAAUUGUUGCCAAACCACCAUUCCUUACUAUCUUCAGACAUAUACCGUUGAUAUUUCAGGCUUGCAAAAGCAAGGUCCUGAUGCAGUUUGUGGGUCUGCCUUCCUCGUGGAUGAAAAAAUGUACUCUGCUGGUGGGUUUUCCGGGCAAUCUGCGAUCGGCAACUCCUUUGUUCCAAUUGCACUUCGGUGGACCCUAAGUCGGCAGGAAGUUAAUGGAAACGGUUGUUCUUCAGAAAUUGAAAGAGUGGAACUUGAUCUUGGAAAUGGUACUACUGUGGAAUCUUACCGAUGUAGUUGUUCGACUUUUGAAGAAGGCAGCCCAUAUUUGGUUAACGGAUGCCAACCUGUUGAAGAAUGCGCUAAUUGUACGAAUGGCGCAUGUGGGUUAAAUGGGGGGAACUUCACCUGCAAUCCUUUCAGUCAAGCUAGAAGCAAAUCGUCAACCAUUGGAGUUAUUUUAGGUGUUAGCAUAAGCAUGGGGGUACUAAUUCUUAUAGCGACGAGCUUUUCACUUUACAAAGUAGUCCUGAAAAUGAAAGAUAAGAGACAAAAAGCAAGAUUCUUUAAACGAAAUGGUGGUCUACUGUUAAAGCAGCAAGAAUCGGCCGAUGAAAGUUUAGUCGAUAAAACCACACUCUUCACGGCCAAGGAGUUGGAGAAGGCGACCGACUACUUCAACGAAAAUAGGGUUCUUGGGCGCGGAGGGCAAGGUACAGUGUACAAAGGUAUGUUAACCGAUGGAAGAAUCGUAGCAGUGAAAAGAUCGAAGAUAGUUGAUGAAAGCCAGUUAGAGCAGUUCAUCAAUGAAGUUGUCAUUCUGUCACAAGUCAACCAUCGGAACGUGGUCAAACUACUGGGAUGUUGUUUAGAAACCGAGGUUCCUCUUCUAGUUUCGGAAUUCAUCUCAAACGGGACAUUGUUUGAGCAUAUUCAUGACGAGAGCGACGAAUUCCCGCUCACUUUGAACACGCGAUUACGGAUUGCUACAGAGAUAGCGGGAGCUCUCGCCUACUUGCAUUCCGCAACUUCGAUUCCCAUAUACCACAGAGACAUCAAAUCCACUAAUAUUCUCGUGGAUGAUAAAUACAGAGCCAAAGUUUCUGAUUUUGGAACUUCAAGAUUUGUGUCCAUUGAUCAAACUCAUUUGACCACGUUGGUCAAAGGGACAUUCGGCUAUCUGGAUCCAGAAUAUUUCCAAUCUAGCCAGUUCACCGAAAAGAGCGAUGUUUAUAGUUUUGGAGUCGUUUUGGUUGAGCUUUUAACAGGAGAAAGGCCAAUAUCUUUAACUAGAUUUGGUGAACAUAGAAGUUUGGCUACACAUUUUAUGUCGGCCAUGGAAGAAGGCCGGGUGAUGUCGGUUAUGGAUGGAAGGAUCGUAAAUGAGGGUUGUCGGGGCGAGGUCAUGGCAAUGGCGAACCUAGCCAUGCAAUGCCUGAACUUGAACGGCAAGAACAGGCCAACGAUGAAAGAAGUAGCAUCGGAGUUGGAAAGCAUUAGGGCGGCUCACGUACCCUCUGCGAUUCAAACUGAUUUUAGAAAAUCGAAGUACGAAGCCGGAGAAGAAGAAGAAUUGAUCAUGUUAUCAUAUGAUUAAUGAACGUCAACAUCAUCGUAUAUAUUGGGUUUGUUUUGGUUUAAGAUUUUGUGCGACGUCUCCGGUCGAUCCGAGAUCCUUUUUAUUUUUUUGGUUUAGGUCUUAUAUUAUGUAACGAAAGAUUCUUUUUCUUGACCAAUGUAACAAAUGUUCGGUUUUUUCUAUUUUGUACGCAUUUUAGCGAUGUUUUGUUAUCAAUUUUAUUCCUU